AUGCUUGAUGAAUAUAAUAAAGCUCUAGUCGAGCAUGUCAAGGCGCAGAUGCCUUCCUCUGCGCCUACCGCGCUGGCGACUAUGGCGCAAGAUGUGGUCCGCAGACCAAAUCCCAUACAAAUUGAAGUCGAUAAGUUCGACAGCAAAGGAGGUGACAGCUUUAUGCUUGCUUUUCAAUCAGUUGAGUCGGCUAUGUUUAUAGCCACUAUCGCUUAUGAACCGUACCGUGUGGGCUUUGCCACAGGCAAGUUAGGUGGUUUUGCCAAACAGUGGGCGCUCACAUGA